CUGAAAGCCUAGUAUAUUCAGUAACCGCUAUAUUUCAGUAACUCAAAUACCUUCAAACCGAAAACACCUUAGUAAAUAUGGAAUUUAUAGAAAAAGUAGUGUUAUUACGUACGUCAUAAUGGUAUUAAUCGUAUAUUAUCGGAAGGUGGUAUGCAAAAUUUAUAGAUUAUUACAGUUCGAAGUAUGAACGCGUGGCCUAAUGAAGAAGGCGAUGGAAUGGGACCUACUGUUACACGUACAAAUAGUGCAAAGGUCCAAACUCCAACGCUGAAAAAUGGUAGUGAUUUACGUGAAACUGGGUAUUUAAUAGCUGUCGGAUCUAGAACUGCCAGAUUUAGAAGAAAACAUAAAAAUAAAAUGUUAUUAAUAUGUUUACUCAUAUUGCUAUUACUGUUGUUAAGUCUUUUUAUAACAAUGACUGUUCUAUAUGUAAAACAAAGGCGUCACAAAACAGAAAGAGUCUGUGAUAGCAAGGAAUGCUUACGUUCAGCCGCCAAUCUAGCUUUGUCAAUGGAUCUAAAUGUGAACCCUUGUAGCGAUUUCUAUCAGUACGUUUGCGGCAACUGGGCGGAGGAGCAUCCACGCCCAGACGCCUAUAGAUCGUACGAUUGGUUCAGGGAGAAGCAAACCAAGGUGUACACGCUUGUACGUGACUUUCUUAAUAAAAAUACCAGUGACCAACCAAAGCCAGUGCAACAGGCUAAAGAUGUUUAUACAGCUUGUAUGGAUACAGACAAAUUAGACAAACGGGGCUUAAAACCAGUUCUCAAAGUAUUAGAAAACUUAGGACUACCCUCAUAUCCAACGUACCUAAAUUUAACAGACGUAGAUUAUUCUGCUUUUACAUUUGAUUGGGUAGAGGCGGUUAUUAACAUAAAAACUCAGCUAGGAAUGGAUGUGUUAAUAGGCUUCGAUAUAAUUACUGAUCCAAAGAAUUCAUCAGUUUAUCGACUAAUUAUGGGCACACCAGAAACUACGAAUCCUUUUCCGAGUAUGUACACGGAAAGAAAAACCCAUGGAAGUAAACAUCCCCAUAAAAGCCAUAAUUUAUUUGAUAAAUUAAAACCAGAGUUUUAUAAUAAAGCAGAAAAUUCAAAUAAUAAAGAUAUAGAUGAAGACAAAGAGGCUGAAAUAUAUCAACUGUUUUACGCACAUCUCAUAAAACAAUUUGCUUUAGAGACGGAUGAGGGUAAAAGAUCGAAUUUAACUGAAGUGGAGUUGGAACAAAAUGCUCUUCUUGCGGCUACGGAGUAUUAUUCUGUUUACUAUGAUUUAUCCUUGCUUGAAUCAGACAAUACUACAAACAUAGACGAGGACAAUUUUCUAAACAUACCAAAUUACAAAGUAGACUAUCUACAAAAGUACACAGAUUCUGUUGUUAAAACUAACAAUAGAACGGCCAUUCCAAUUUGGAGAAGAUAUCUAGAAGGAGUAUUUAAUAUAAGUGAAGUGAGAUUGGAUUUUAAAAAGGAUAAAAUUUUAAUAUCUGAUCCAGAUCUUACAUAUAUGGCGGCUAUGGCAGCGUAUACUGCUAUGAUAUCUCCUGUGGUCAUUGAACUAUAUAUUUGGAUUAAGGUAGUGGAAGUUCUAGCACUUCACACGACAACAGAACUGUCCGCUCUAUACGAGCGCACGUCUAUAGAGCUGCAGACAGGCCACGUGACGUCAUCACGGAGCCUCCAAUGCGCUAACGUCGUCAAUGACAUGCUCGGCAUGGCGGUGUCAUAUGCCAUCGCUGAUCAGAACUUCUUUAAUGUUACCAAGCCGAAGAUAGAAACAAUGUUACACGAAUUAAAGAACGCGUUAGCACAUCUAAUAGGAAUGACUAAAUGGAUGGAUGAUGACACUAAAUUAGCCACUUAUAGAAAAAUUGUAGAAAUGAAAACUUUAAUAGGCUUCCCAGACUGGCUGUUAGAAGAGGGAAGGCUAGACGCGUAUUAUAAAGGUCUAGAUAUAGAUACUGGGAAACAUUUAGAAAAUCUUAUAAAUAUAGUUCAAGUUAAAACUAAAAAAGCAUUAAAUAAAUUUCGUUUAGGAAAUAAUUAUACUUGGGCAACUGUUCCAACUGAAGUGAACGCAUAUCACACGUUUCAAGAAAAUACUAUAACUGUGCCUUUAGUUAUGUUACAGCAUCCUUUCUUCGAUUUAGGACUCGAUUCGUUAAAUUACGGAUCCUUAGGAGCUGUACUUGGACACGAAAUUACUCAUGGAUUUGAUAAUUUUGGUCGCCAAUUCGACAAAAACGGCAACCUUCUACCAUGGUGGUCUAACGCCACAGUCGAAGCAUACGUUAAUAAAACCCAAUGCUUUAUCAAUCAGUACUCAUCCUACUAUAUUCCACAAAUUAAAAAACAUGUUGAUGGUAAAAAAACACUAGGUGAGAAUAUAGCAGAUAACGGAGGUGUUAAAGAGGCAUUUGUAGCUCUGAAGGAACAUUUGCGAAGAGUUGGGCCAGAGCCGAAGUUACCCGGCUUUGAGCAUUUCUCGUCCGAGCAGUUGUUCUUCAUGUCGUAUGGUAAUCUAUGGUGUGGUGUUUCCACUCCAGAGGCGUUAAAGUCCGACUUAGAGGAUGAGCACGCGCCACAGCACCUGCGCGCUCGCGGCGCCUUGCAGAACUACGACCAGUUUGCUAGGGCUUUUCAGUGUCCGCCGGGCUCUAUGAUGAAUCCGAGCAAACGAUGUGUUAUAUUCUAAUUGAUAAAAAUACUCAGAAUAAGGGCAAGGCCAUGUGGUUUGGGAAAAAAUAGUUUUUGGGAAUAAUAUUAAAAUAUAGAAAUUGUGUUUUAAUUAUAU